GGGGGCUUCUCCUAGUCAGGGGCCCUAGUCCUAGAGGUAGCUCGUGCUCACUGGCCUUGUAUAUGGCCCAAGCUUCUCCUUUGAGAUUGGGCAAAAAAACUUCUCAAUCCACAAAGUUGCUGAAGCUGAGCUCUCUUUUGACGUCGUGUUCGACUGUCGCAAGCUGGCUGGACGUCAGCUUCCGUCAUGGCUGCUCCAGCAGGAAGCACCACCGGGCACCCGGCCGAACCUAUCGAGGAGCGGGACAACCCCCUUCCCCGCCCUGCCUUCAGCUCACGGAGACCCUCAUCUCACGCGCGACUGAUCAGCACUACCUCUGUUCCCGAGGACGCCCCCAUGAAAGAGGAUUUGGUGCUGGAUAUUGUAACGCCAGUAGAGGGGGAGGAUAAACCCCGGGAGAUUGGUAGGAUUGCAGCCUGCUUUGGGAGGUUCACCAUCCGUGUCAGGAACCAUAUGCCUUCUAUCUUCUGGCUCUCCCUGUAUGUCCUGGCGUGCAUGGCGCUGUUCUGGGAGAGGUUUGCCAAGUACAAGGCCAUGCCUUCUUGGCACUUGGUUGGCCCCUGCGUCGCCAUCUCCAAGGGAUGUGCCCAGCUGACCAAGUUCUCCAUGCUGUUGCUGCUGCUCCCAGUCUCGCGCUUCUUCCUUACGGUGGGCAGAGGGAAACUCAAGUGGCUGAUCCCUGUGGAUGAGCUUAUCUCUUUCCAUAAGGUCCUUGGCAUGACGUGGGCAAUCGCGGGUUUCGUCCACGGGGUGGUUUUCAUGAGCUGCACUUGGCCCAUGGAGAUAUCCGCUGCCCCUGACACAUUCCAUCGGUACUUUGGCGCCGCCCCCCAGCCGACGUACUCUGAGGUCUACUUUACCUGGACCACCAUCAGCGGCUUUUGCAUGGUUGCCAUAGUUCUGGUGGCUUUCCCUCUGGCAAGCUCCAUGCUGCGGCAGGGCAUGUGGUCCAAGGCGCCAAAGCUGCUCCAACACGUGGUCGGCUUCAACGCCUUCUUCUAUACGCACUUCUUGUUGCUGUCCUCAUUCUUCUUCAUCAUCUGGCACGGGACCCACAACUCGACGUUUGGGCAUUUUCCCACCAACGACACCUGGCUGUGGGUCCUCCCCGGUUUGUUUGUCUGGGUCAUCGACCGCUUUAUCCGCCUCCACCGCUCCCUCUUCAACUACAAGCACGAAGUCAAAGUGCUCAAAGCUGUUCCCUUCUACGGUAACGUCAUCGCUCUGAAGAUCAAAAAGCCGGAAACCUUCCUCUACAAGGCUGGGCAGUACAUGUUCGUGCAGUGCCCCGAGAUUGCCAGCUUUGAAUGCGUGCACAUCAAAGUAAGCGGAGACUGGACGAAGGCAUUCUUCGACACGUUCAAGAAGCGCCUCGACGAAGCCAUGAAUUCCCCUGCCGACCCUCCUCCCAGUCACAAGACCAUCGAGGUCGACUCCGAUGCACCGCCGGCCAUGUCCGUCGACGACCUUGUUCCCGGGGGCUUUGAUCCGGCUUCUCGGCCGGGCAAACUAGAGCGGGGAAUGACUUUCCGCCUACGGUUCCCGGCCCUGAGACUGGACGGUCCCUUCGGAGCUCCUGCCCAAGACUUUUACAAGUACAAAGUCGUGGUUCUGAUUGGGACCGGCAUCGGGCUGACCCCUUUCGCCAGCAUCCUCAGGGACCUUCUUCACAGCAUCAAGGCCAGGGAUGACGUGAACUUGGAACAGAAGCGGGUCGAUAAGCUGACUGAAGUGGAGAAAGUGUACCUUCACUGGACCACCCGGGACAAGCGGACCUUCGACUGGCUGACGCAACACGUCGCAGACUUUGACGAUCAGGACGGGAGCCUGGACCUCAACAUCCACGAUUCGCUGCGGAGCAAAACUCUGCGGCACGUCCCGAGCAGGGCCAACCACCCCAACUCGACCUGGUUCGCCAGCAAGUCGCUCGUCCGAACCCCCUCCCUGAGUUUCACCCAGGAGCUUCAGCGAAUGAGCUCCAACCAGGGAAAAGCACCCCCCCCCAGCAACCCCGAAGCCGACCAAUGGGCAGAACCAUUCCCGCUCAACCGGCUGACGUCGAGUUCGAACCCGUCCUUUCACAACCGGUUGGACCGCAUCCUGUCGGGCAAGCAGCUGCGCAUGGGGGACGACGGCUGGCCGUUGGUCCCGGAUGACGUGGCGGAGGGCGACGUGAUAAAGACGGCGCAUGACGUCAGCACUGGCGUGGCCCGGCCCACUCUUUUGAGGCGGGCCUCCACUCGCUUGGAACGUGUGAUGGACGCUGUCUUCGACCAGCCCGAGCGCGAAGAGGCGGAGACGUUCAGUCUGACGAGCUUCUCCCGGAUCGAGAGCAUCGCCCGGUUGCAGAAGCAGCAGAAGAACACGGAAGUGCUGUUUGCAAGUCACAAGGGCCGGCCAGACUUCGACUACAUCCUGGAGCAGACAAAGGCUGCGCAUCCAGACACCAAAAUAGGCGUCUUCUUCUGCGGCGCAAAGCUCGUUGCUGCCGCUCUUCAGAAUCUAUGCAUUAAGCAUAGUGCGACGGCGGGUAGCACCUCCUUCGAUUUCCAUCAGGAGCACUUCUAGUUGUCUCCAGAUUGCCGAGUUUGAAAGGGUCUUCUGGUAAAUAAUACGGUCAAAAGGUGACGUGGGCAAAGUUGGUGCCAAGUUUACGUAGUAUUGUAAGCUGGCGGUUUUGUAGCUUCAAUCUAGGUUUGUUUUUAGUCCAUCUUAUAAAUGCAACACGAAGGCUAGGUGGAGUCAUCAAGAGGCUGUCUGUGGUGAUAUCAAGUAGAGUCGUCCGGAACUCAACCAGGUCCAAUCAAAGCUUUGCCAUCAAGGUUCUUGCCACCAGACCACCAGUGCUGAUGUUGUACAAAGACUCUGGAUUCCGUGAUCUAGCAGCUAAUAAUUGUAAUUGGGGCGUAAAUCUACCGUACGCUUAGUACACUAAGCGUACACAGCUAGAGGCUUUCUAGAGCUUUCCUCGAAGGCCGUAGUAAUCCGCUUAGUAGCUGGAAUUAGGACACCUAGUCGGACUCACCAUUAGUAGCCAUCUUCCGAAGUUCAUGCGGGCUAUGUGAAGUGUGAGUCAAUGUGUAGCCAAGUAUGCAUCCUGAAUUGCGUACGGUGACGAGCUAGUGACAGGAAGUCGGUCCGGUGUGCGAAAUCCAGCCUCUUACUGUUGCUUACGUAUGGCCCAAGUCAAGAGUACUGGAUACGUACGCCGGAGAUUCAGAGUAUUUCAAGUCGGAGAUAAACGAGUGAGCCAAGUCAGAUCUUCGAUCGUCGAGCAGGCUCGUUGGACUCGGUUAGAACGGUGUCAACAUUGAAUGUACA